UGGAGCGAGAGCGGCCGCGCGAGGACGGGACCCCGCAGGGGCAAGGGGGUCAUGGGUGGGGUCAGAGUUCGAGUGGAUCAAGGUUAGCUCUUCCAGAGCAAGCCGUGCUGCACAGCCAGGGAGAGCUGCCAGGGAGCAAUGGAGAGAUGCCGCCCUGCCACAGAGAGCUAUCGUCCUGCGUGGCAGAGAUGCCUGGAGAAAUGCCACCCAGCAAGGUUGAGAUGGAGCCCUGUCUGGUUGAGCUGCCACCCAGCCAUGGAGAGCCGGGAAGCAGCCUGGGAGAGCUGCUGCCCUGCAUGGUCGAGAUGUCGCCCAGCAAGGCUGAGAUGCCUGAGAAGCAACCAGGGCUUGUAUCCCGCGGGAAGUGCCUAGUCCAUAACUGGCAGGAGGAGAGGACCACGAACGAGCUGGAUCGAGUGCCGAGUCCAGAGCUGUGCAGUGAAGGCUUCUUCUACCGGCACGGGCACCGUGGGCUGCUCACCCUUCAGCUCCUCUCGCAGCUGGCCGACAGCACCACCAUGAAGGAUUCCUAUCGCAGGCCCCAGCGGACCGGGCUGCCUGUGAGAGGGCAGCGGGAGGCCAUGCUGGAGUUAAUGCUGUACCAGAAAUACAGCGAGAGCCCAGCCCAGCGCGACCCUUCCCGAGGCUGCCCGGCCCAGUCGGGUGCCCAGCCUGGAGGGGGUGUGAGACACUUGGCUGGCCCAGGCCCCGCCAG